UUAUUUUCUCGAGAAUAUUAUUCUUUUAAUGGAUUAGAAAAUCAAUCUACAACUACAACUAAGCAGGCGUAGAAUCACUCUUUCGUCUUCUUCUUCAUCAUCAUCUGCUUCUUAUUUUUUUUCUGAUUGACCUUGGGGAGAUUCGCUUAACCUUGUAAUAAUGGCGGGAAUAGCUAUAGUUUUAGAUCUACUCAAUAAAUCUCAUAACAAACACGCUUUCCACUCAUCGUCUUCUCUGUCUUCCGCCGCCGCCGUAUCUGCUUUCGCCAGUGCUCCCUUCGCGUCUAGGUUUCUCUUCGGUUCCUUUGAGCCUCGAGUUGCGUAUUGUGACGCGGCAGCUGCAAUAGACGAUGAUUACCUUGCUGCUAUACGAAAGAUGUCUGCGGAUACUUUGCAGCUUCAGACGCCUACAUACAUUCCUACUAGCUCUAAGGUUUACAAUAUCCAGCCAAAACCACUCUUCUCCGCCUUCGAGUUCAGGGCACUUGCGAUGACCACAGUGAGAUCCCUCCUCAUGUUUUAUCUGCCUCUUUUGGAGCCUAAACCGGCUUCAGAGGACGAUGAUGAUUUCCUUAACAAUGCCGCGGAAGAACUCCGUGGCGCAGACUUGAUUGUUCCUCUUAAAAAGUCUGUCAAGCAGAUUGCCCGUGAGACCACUGUUGUGACUACUCGGAGAGUCCUUGAAAGGCUGGCUAUUAGUUAUGUCUCACAGCGUAUGGCAUGGAAGCUUCUAAAGGAUGUGCCACAAUCUACUUUACGCAAGGCUGGGAGAGGGUGGCCCACACAUGUAUACAUCUAUAAAGUCAGCCAGACAACUCUUAGAGGACACUUCCUCGGAAUUGCAGCAUCAUGGACAGUUCAAGUAGGAAUAGAAAUCUACAGAUGUGUUAACCGUUAUGUUAAACCCAAACCCGAAGAAGUAGACGAGGAACAAGGGGAGAUAGCAGAGCAAGCCAAGGAUCUUGGAAACAAAGUCGUGGGUAUCACAGUAAGAUGUGGUGCUUCUUUAGUAUUCGCUGCCAUUGGAGCUGGUAUCUGCUCUUGCCUCAUGCGUCCCUCCACUGGACAAUGGAUCGGCUGCGCGUUGGGGGACUUGGCUGGUCCGAUGGUUGUUUCGAUUUGCUUGCAGAAGACUCUUCAAGCUGAUGGUUAACUUUAUAUGGGGAGAUUGAAUUCUUCAGCUUUUUCCAUCCAAAAUGAAAUCAGAAGGUUGUUUUUUCUGAAUUUUUUCUUAUGGUUUUUACUGAAACCUUGGAAGCGUUUUCAUCAAGACACUCGAAUGAUUCACAAAUUGUACCUACUUUUGAGAACAUCUGAAUAAGGCAGGUGUUUAUUUUUCUCUGGA